UUCCAUGUCAAUUAUUUACUUACCUUUCACGCUCUCACUUCUUUCCCCACUUUUCUACUACUCAUUAACUUUUGGUUUCCACUAGUUUUGUUCUUUCUGUUCUAACUUUUCCCCAACUAUUCAGCUGUACCUCUACUCUCUACCCCGUAAGUUUCUCUUCUUUUUUUUUUUGUCCUUUUUUUUUUUCAUACCCUUUUCCAUUUCAGGUCCGGAUAAGUUGCGACUUGUUUGCAGAUCCAUGAUAUCCCAUAAUCGUUUUCCCAAAAAUUUUGGUUGUGCCAGUUCGAUGAAUGGUGCUCUUGCUCUUUAUUAGUUGAGGAGGAAUAUUAGAUGGAGGAAGACUCUGAAUUCCGCCAGUGGGAUGACCUAAUACCCGAUGCACUUGGACUAAUUUUCAGGCAUUUGCCAUUACAGGAGAUACUAACUGUUAUACCAAGGGUUUGCAAAUCAUGGGGAAGAGCAGUUACUGGACCUUAUUGCUGGCAGGAGAUUGACAUUGAGCAAUGGAGCCGGCAUCGCCGGCCUGAGAUCCUUCACCGAAUGCUUGAAAUGCUGAUCACCAGAAGCGCAGGUGCUCUCCGCAAGCUCUGUGUUUCUGGUUUGCCUAAUGACCAGGCUUUGCCUUUGAUUGCAGACCAUUAUAUUGUUUUCCUGUUAUCCAUUUUGGUUGCAAGUGCCAAAUCUCUUCAGACAUUGAGGCUACCCAGAAGCGAAGUCAAUGAUCCAAUAAUGGAACAGAUUGCUGCAAGGCUUUCUACCCUUACUUUCUUGGAUGUAAGCUACUGCAGAAACAUAGGGGCCCCUGCACUCGAGGCAAUUGGUAAGCAUUGUAAAUGUCUUACAGGAUUGCGCAGAAAUAUGUAUCCUCGGGAGAUAAUUGACAAAUUCUGUCAAAAUGACGAGGCAGUUGCAAUAGCAGAUACAAUGCCUAAGCUCAAGCACCUUGAGAUAGCUUAUCUGUUAAUCUAUACGGAAGCUGUUCUCAAGAUAAUCAUGAGCUGCCCUGAUCUUCAAUUAUUGGACGUCCGAGGGUGUUGGAAUGUGAAACUCGAUGUCAAGAGAUUCCUUUUAUGCGGUCUGAAGGUGAUCGGACCACUAGAAGAUGGUUAUUAUGAUAUUAAUGGCUGGGAUGAUUGCUCAAAUUAUUCAGGUUCUUCUGGUUACUUGGCUUGGGACUUUUUAGCUGGUGAAAUUGAUGAUGACUAUGAUUUUGAGUUGGACUAUGAGAUGUCUGAUGGGAUUUGGGGGGACGAACAGAGUAUGGAAGAUGUGGAAAUGACGUUCUAUGAUGGUUUUGAUUUCGAUCAUGCUGGGUGGUUUGAUUGGCCUCCGUCUCCAUAAAAUUUGCCUGUGAUGGUGUUUGCUGGAGUUUCCCAUGGAGCUAGAUGCUCUUAUUGCGCUUUCUCUCGUGUAGCAACUAUGCUUUUGCUACUGCUUGGCUGAUUUUUUUUUUUUUAUUUUUUUUUUGAUAAAUCUACUACUUAGCUGUUUUGUAUUAAGCUUCUAUAUGAAUUGUAUUUUACAACGUUUUUACUAUGUAAUAUACAUAUGAAUGCAAAUGAAAUUGUAUCCUUUUCACUA